AAUAUAAAGGUCGCACGCAGGCUAUUUCGAAGGGUUGGAUUCACCUCUACGCACAACAUCGACAAUGUCCCCCACACUCGCCUCUGCCCCUGGUAGCUGCUGCUUCUCCGGUGUAAAACACACGGGCACACCCGUCGGCCGUGUUGAAGACCUCGGUGGAAUCCCAACAUACAUUUCUGAUCCCCCUGCUCCCUCACAGAAAGUGAUACUCUUCCUGGCAGACGUUUGGGGCCCGCUUUAUGUGAACAAUAAGUUGAUUCAAGAUUAUUUCGCGUCUUGUGGCUAUAUCGUACUUGGGCCUGAUUAUUUCUUUGGCGACUCCGUGCCGAACCACCUGCCUGACCGUGACCGCCAGGCGUGGAUCGACGGUUCCCGGAAACCUGCUAUCGAUGCAUUCCCCGCUUGGCUAGACGCUGUGAAAGCAAAAUAUGGGAGGGAGGCAACAAAGUACUGCGCUGUCGGGUAUUGCUUUGGAGCGUCGUUCGUCAUGGACUUAUGUUCUGACGGGUCGGUAGUUGCCGGAGCUCUGGCUCACCCCGCAUUCCUCGAUGAAAGCCACUUUGAGAAACUUGAUGGUAUCACCACAGGACCUCUCCUUCUCUCCUGCGCAGAGGAAGACCACACAUUCCCACUCCCCUCGCGUCGACGUGCAGAAGACAUCAUGGUCGCCCGCAAAUGCACGUAUUUUUUCCAGGUAUUUUCAGGCGUCAAACAUGGAUUUGCCGUACGAGGCGAUCCAGACAUUGACAUGCAGCGCUGGGCGAAAGAGGAGAGCGCUAGGGGAAUCGUAGGCUGGUUUGAUCGGUUUACGGUCUAGGUGGUCAACCUGCUGUGUUGGGCGGAGAAAUGUUGAUGAGUUUUUAUAUCUUCAUGUCUUGAGUAGCAUCGAAAUCAAGCCCAACUCGAAGCCAUCACUGAUGAGGCAGCGUCUUUGGUUCCAGCGAACACAGUCAAGAAAUCCUCAUAUCCGGCCGGGGCCGAGUUAUCGGGCUAAAGCAAAACGAGACGUGCUACUGUCGGUCAUGGUCUCGGUCAUUAUUCCUCGAUC